UGGGAAACUCCCACGGUCCGAGCACUUUGGAAAGAAGAGCGAGCGAGCAGCCCCGCACGCGCAGCAGUGCAAGUGAGCGCUCAGCUCGGCACCUGUUCCUCUCGCCCCGCGCCUCCCCGCGCGCCCGCCCGCUCCCGCGAUGAACCCGGCGCUGGGCAACCAGACCGACGUGGCGGGCCUGUUCCUGGCCAACAGCAGCGAGGCCCUGGAGCGCGCCGUGCGCUGCUGCACCCAGGCUUCCGUGGUGACCGACGACGGCUUCGCCGAGGGCGGCCCGGACGAGCGCAGCCUGUACAUCAUGCGCGUGGUGCAGAUCGCCGUCAUGUGCGUGCUGUCGCUCACCGUCGUCUUCGGCAUCUUUUUCCUCGGCUGCAACCUCCUUAUCAAGUCCGAGGGCAUGAUCAACUUCCUGGUGAAGGACCGGAGACCGUCCAAGGAGGUGGAGGCGGUGGUCGUGGGGCCCUACUGAGCGGCCCUCCCGCCCCAGGCCUCCCCACGUCGCCAGCCCGGCCGCGCCCCCUCACCAUCCGAGAAUGGGCGAAGCAAACCUGUCGGAGUCCGUUCCUUCCCUCGACUCUGCCUUCCGGAAUGCAGCGACCCG